CAAGGAGGCAGUGACGUGGCAGGCUGUGAUUGGUGAGCGGCUUGCGGAUGGAGUUUCCUCUGGGUGUGGGACAAUAUCAGUCGCCACUCACUGUGUAGCCUCUCGUCGACUAGCACACACGGGCGAGGUUGUCUAGUGCAGUGAAUCCAAAUGUUGGCACCGUAACGUAGCGCCACUGCGGGAAGAAGGCGGGCGAUCGUUCGUCCGGGAGAGCUUCCACAAACAUCUAUUGCGUGGUGAAGGGGAACGCCCAGGCCCUGCUUUUAUGACUACUUCUCUGUUCUUCGACAUGACUACACUAGAAGGAGUUGUCAACCCAAGCCUGGUCUACCCUAUUACAAAGCUGGGACCUUGAUCACAAACAGGAAUCAAUCAGUGUGUGAGCUGUCAGUGUCAGCUAGAAGGGAGAGGAGCUGGUCUAGGAUUGAGAGCUGACAGUCAUAGCCCCAGGAAGGGCUGACAGUGGAUGGCCCUACACACGAUCAGCUGAAAACCUUACGUCAUCACAGAACCAAAACAAUACGGCAAGAACAUGGCCGACCUUCAAUACAAACUGGUAAACAGUGCCAAGGUGGGUGACGUCUCGGGGGUGGAGAAGGCUCUGGGGGAGGGGGCGAGGGUGGAUGACCAAGACCUCACGUCAGGCAGAGCCCCCAUACACCACGCUAGUGCCGCCGGUCACGUCGACAUCGUCAGACUGCUCCUGGCCCGUGGCGCCCAGGUUGACCUCGCCAGCACACACCCAGGGGAUGCGGGAGCGACACCAGUACACUUGGCGGCGGAGGGCGGCUACAGCCAGGUACUCACAGCGUUACUGGCUGCAGGUGCUGUGCCUGACAUCUACGACUACAACAACCUACAGCCAGUUCACCGGGCAGCUAUCCGUGGCCGCAGGGAGGUCUUGGAGGUGCUUCUAGACCAUGGCUGUGACCUCUCAUCAAGGGCAGGGGACUGGACAACACCCCUGCACCAUGCUGCCGCCCAGGGCCACUUGUUUCUGGUCAAAUGGCUCGUCAAGAACGGUGGGAGGCUGGACCUGACGGAUAAGGCGGGUCGCACGCCACAGGAGUACUCCAGGGUCAGGUACCAUCGCCGGGUCUAUCGCUACUUCAAGAACAUCAUGAAAGCCGUAAGAAGACCACUCAGUGCCACACAAAAGCCAUUCAUGUAUAACAUCCGAAGUUAUCAGUCCAAGACCAAAGCACCCAACCCAAUCACACUUUCCAGAUUGCCUAUACCCAAACAGGACUAUGAGAAGAUGCGUCGCUUGAACUUGAACUUGAACAACAAGCAAAUCACACCAAGACAUCCAGCUAAACCAUUUGUUCACACAAAGAAAAACCUACCAGCAAGCACAACCCCAAAGACAGACUCGCUGCCAGUUAGCAAGACCACAACGAGUGAACAGCAGUCCAAGGACUUGGCAGUUAACAAGACCUCAAAGAGUGAACCACAUUCCAAGGACUUGGCAGUUAACAAGACCACGAAGAGUGAACCACAGUCCAAGGACUUGGCAGUUAACAAGACUGCAAAGAGUGAACCACAGUCCAAGGACUUGCCAGUUAACAAGACUGCAAAGAGUGAACCACAGUCCAAGGACUUGCCAGUUAACAAGACCACAAAGACUGAACCACAGCCCAAGGACUUGGCAGUUAACAAGACCUCAAAGAGUGAACAGCAAUCCAAGGACUUGCCAGUUAACAAGACUGCAAAGAGUGAACCACAGUUCAAGGACUUGCCAGUUAACAAGACCACAAAGAGUGAACCACAGUCCAAGGACAUGCCAGUUAAAAAGACCACAAAGAGUGACCCACAUUCCAGGGACCUGCCAGUUAACAAGACCACAAAGACUGAACCACAACCCAAGGACUUGCCAGUUAACAAGACCUCAAAGAGUGAACAGCAGACCAAGGACUUGCCAGUUAACAAGACGUCAAAGAGUGAACAGCAGACCAAGGACUUGGCAGUUAACAAGACCUCAAAGAGUGAACAGCAGACCAAGGACUUUGCAUUUAACAAGACCUCAAAGAGUGAACCACAGCCCAAGGACUUGGCAGUUAACAAGACCUCAAAGAGUGAACAGCAGCCCAAGGACUUGCCAGUUAACAAGACGUCAAAGACUGAACCACAGCCCAAGGACUUGCCAGUUAACAAGACCUCAAAGAGUGAACAGCAGACCAAGGACUUUGCAGUUAACAAGACCUCAAAGAGUGAACAGCAGACCAAGGACUUUGCAGUUAACAAGACCUCAAAGAGUGAACAGCAGACCAAGGACUUGCCAGUUAACAAGACCUCAAAGAUUGAACAGCAGACCAAGGACUUUACAGUUAACAAGACCACAAAGACUGAACCACAGUCCAAGGACUUGCCAGUUAACAAGACCUCAAAGAGUGAACAGCAGACCAAGGACUUGGUAGUUAACAAGACCUCAAAGAGUGAACAGCAGACCAAGGACUUUACAGUUAAGACCACAAAGACUGAACCACAGUCGAAGGACUUGCCAGUUAACAAGACCUCAAAGAUUGAACCACAGUUCAAGGAAUUGCCAGUUAACAAGACCUCAAAGACUGAACCACAGUUCAAGGACUUGCCAGUUAACAAGACCUCAAAGACUGAACCACAGUUCAAGGACUUGUCAGUUAACAAGACCUCAAAGACUAAACCACAGCCCAAGGACUUGCCAGUUAACAAGACUACAAAGACUGAACCACAGUCCAAGGACUUGCCAGUUAACAAGACCUUAAAGACUGAACCACUGUUCAAGGACUUGCCAGUUAACAAGACUUCAAAGACUGAACCACAGUCCAAGGACUUGCCAGUUAACAAGACUUCAAAGACUGAACCACAGUCCAAGGACUUGCCAGUUAACAAGACUUCAAAGACUGAACCACAGCCCAAGGACUUGCCAGUUAACAAGACCUCAAAGACUGAACCACAGCCCAAGGACUUGCCAGUUAACAAGACCUCAAAGACUGAACCACAGUCCAAGGACUUGCCAGUUAACAAGACUGCAAAGACUGAACCACAGUUCAAGGACUUGCCAGUUAACAAGACUUCAAAGACUGAACCACAGUUCAAGGACUUGCCAGUUAACAAGACCUCAAAGACUGAACCACAGUUCAAGGACUUGCCAGUUAACAAGACUGCAAAGACUGAACCACAGUCCAAGGACUUGCCAGUUAACAAGACUUCAAAGACUGAACCACAGUCCAAGGACUUGCCAGUUAACAAGACUUCAAAGACUGAACCACAGUCCAAGGACUUGCCAGUUAACAAGACUCAAAGACUGAACCACAGUCCAAGGACUUGCCAGUUAACAAGACCUCAAAGACUGAACCACAGUCCAAGGACUUGCCAGUUAACAAGACUGACAAAGACUGAACACAGUCCAAGGACUUGCCAGUUAACAAGACUUCAAAGACUGAACCACAGUCCAAGGACUUGCCAGUUAACAAGACUCAAAGACUGAACCACAGUCCAAGGACUUGCCAGUUAA